AACGAUUAAGAAGGCUUGCGCAGUCAGACUCCAAUUCCACAUUUUCCCAAUUAUUUGACAGAGCGAAUUUAAUGCUAUCCUCCAUAGCCUGCAGUUCCACCCACUCAAUAUGCAACUCCUUAUUCAUAUAGCCCAUCCGCCCGCCAUGAACAAAACCAUUAGCAUCCCUUGCCACCAAACCGUAGUACGCCUUCUUUUCAUAAAUAAUGGCCCUGAAGUUAAUUUUGAUCGUCCCCUGAUGCAAUUUUUUCCAGACUAUUUUGUCAGGCUUUCUCGGGAGCAGCGGGUCCUUCAUGAAGUUAAAAUUUUGAAAAUCCCUGCGCAACGCCGCUGCCCGUUCCUAGGUCACCUUAGCAUCGUCCUCAACUCCCCUAAAGAUUUUGUUAUUUUUGCUGUUCCACACAUUCUAGAGAACGAUGAUGAAAUCAGAGAUCGCCUUGAUGUCCAGCACUCUCGCAACAUCCUCAAUCCAGUCAACACAUCGGAGAUAAUUUUCGUCCAGGAGCUUAUUAUCAAAACCACCAAAAUCCAGCACCUUGCGAGCCUUCGGAAAAUCUUUCAAUGCAAGCAUGAGGGUUUCCCUCUCUUUCCUUCAUCUUGGAUAAGAUAAUUGAAAGCUCAAUCGAUUUGGAAGCUUGUUGGAGAUCUAUCACACUAUCCAACAUAAAUAUUAGUAUUUUUUGAUGUUUUGGCUAAGGUUAUAAUGGCAUGUAUAGGUGGACUUGUUUUGGUAUCUAGUUGAAUGUUAGUUGAUGAUUUUGGCAUGUAUAAGUUGUUUUGGUACCAUUUGAUGUUGGUUAGAUUGUAUCAUUUUGGUACUUCUGAUGCGUGAAUGGUAUGGCUCAAAUGGUAAGUGUAUGAUGAAGUGUUAACGGUCAUAAUUGUGGUAUGGUUUGUUAAAAGUUGAAUUAUGUUUGAUGGUGGAAAUGUGAUCAAGUGUGCGAGUUUACGUAA